AGUAGCACGACUUGCUGCAAUGAAAAGACAAGCAUGUGACUGAGAGUCAACAGAGGGAAAUGAAAUGGCUCCAUUCUAGAUAGAGAAAAUCUAGAGCGAGAGAGGGUGAGUGAUAUCCAAAUCAACAGUAGAGUUCCUGCUGAGCAACCUGAACGAAGGGCCAAGUGGUGGAGCUGGAGAAGGACCUCAGCAUCUUCCGCGCCUUUCUCAAGAGCGAGGGCAUCCAGUCGCUCGUCCGCAGCAUCCGCGACGUCGUUUACGUGGUCGAAGACAUCAUCGACGCCUUCGUCACUCAGGCCACCUAUGACAAGUCUCGCAAUUACUUCUUUCAAGUCCACCAUCAGCCUCCACGCCAUCGGCAAACAGGUCGAGAGCGUGCGCCAGAAGGGCAGAUCCGAAUUCGCCCUCCUCAUCGUCUCCGACGAAGACCGAUACGGGAAACCUGAGGUUCGGCCUCCAAGGCUGAAGGAUGUGGUUGGUUUCGUAGAUGUGAGCACAGAACUGAUACAAUGUGGUUCGGCCUCAACAUUACCAGUUGCCUGCUACUCUCAGGAGCCUCACGCUGUUGGAGUUACAUGUCUACCCUCGGGUUGCUGGAGAAUCUCGAGGCGCUUAAGCUGAAAGAUAAGGCGUUUGUGGGGAGGGGGUUGGAGAGCGUUUCCAUCGCCUCGAGUUCUUGCACCAUUUCCCGCGUCUUAAAGGCCUUGUGAGCAUCUUCUUGAGAUCCCAUCUGAGUUGGCUGAGAUACCGAGCUUCCAAAAACUGGAGUUGCAUAUUUGUCGAAGUGCUGCUGCUUCUGCCAAGCUCAUCAAAGAUAAAAAGGCAGUGUUCAAUUCAACCUCUCUAUAUUUCCAGCUACUGAUGAUCUUCCUUGACAGGUAACUGAUAGAAGUCCUAAGCUUAGUAUUUCAACUUAAAAUUAAUUGGUGAUAAGAUUUAUGUAUACUGAUUGAUGUAUGUGAAACUUGGUAGUGCAGAACGUGAUUCUAGUUUGUUUGUUUGUGUUUCAUUUGCUAAUGCUCUCCUUCAAACCUUUUAAGGUGAACAUUGGAUGGAUUUGACUUGAUUCAGUCUAUAGUCCACAAAUCCGCUCUAAUAAUAACAUGAUAGAAGUUAAUGUGUUUUCAA